AUGUCCGAUGCCAGUACUCUCGAGGCGCUUCAAGCCUUUCAUAGAGAGCUGAUAGCUGUAUCCGAGCACCGACUCGACAACCUUCAGCUUUUGGACCCGCUACUUGCUGCCCAUGCGGACCGCUUCAAGAGCCUUGUCGACAAGGAGCCCCGGAAACAGGAGAGUCGGAGAACCGUGGAGUCAGGAAAAAUUGUAGUUGGUGACGAAGAAUACUCCGUCAACAAGGAAUUUCAAGAAAGCAUAUUACAGCUCGCAGACGAACUAGACUUGGACGAGAUACAAGCCGCUCAGCUACUCCUCGACUCCGAAGAUGACGUGGUCACACUUGGCCGUCCGUUGCUGGAGUGUGGACUUAUCCGGUUUCACCAGCAGCGCAAAUUCGUGCUCGAUUGCAUGCGCUUGUGCAUCCUGUUGGCGGACGAUCAAGACCUGGACCCGGCAGUACAGGCUAUCUUUGGCGACUACGUGACCGAGAGUAUAUACGGAGCUGCUCUUCCGGAACAGCCAGCGCUGGGGCCAGAGAAACGUAUUGUUCCUCGUUGCAUGAUUGCGAUGCAGGAAAUACGUACAUGGCUCCAGAAACUGACAGAUCGCGCCACUGCCGCUUCCGUUCUUCAGGAGCACCAGCCCGCGGAGGUCAAGGAAAUGUUUGACUUUUCCCGGAUGAGCCUAAUACAGCAGCACGAAGGCCUUUCUAUAGUGCUACUUAGUGCGGUUGAGAAGCGACAAGCAGAGGCUCGAGACUUUGAAGACCUCCUAAAGCUCCUGCAAAGACUGGAUCGCUAUGACUGCCUCCUACUCCAUUUAUUCCCCACUCUAGCCUGCUACAUUCGCAUAUUCGGAUCACCAGAUGGCGUUUCUAACCUGGCUCAGGCCCGAAGAUUGAACGAGAUUGUCAAUCGCCGCGAAGAUGACGGAGUAUGGCAAAUGCCAUCAUUGCGCGCCGCCAUCUGUGCUUGGUGGAUAGCAGAGUACAGUGGGUGGUACAUGGAUGACAUUGAUGUCUCUCUCGAUAAUAUCGAUGUGGACAAAGAGGACAAGGAGCGGGCGGACACAUUCUCAGAGUGCUUAAAAGAGGGAGCCUUGGACUUCAUUCUCGCCGUUUCCUCUGAUGUUGAGAUAAGAGACUGGCAAGAUCCAACACCAAGCGGUGUCCAAGUUUGGAUUCAGCGAAAAUGUCCGCCUCUGCCUACUGAUUCUGUUUCAUUUGCCGACCAUUUCCGAAUCCGGGUCCUGGAACAGCUGGAGAAUUUUGUUGAUGCCUUCAUUUCAAACCUCCCUGACGUGAUCCGGCAACUGAGAAUCGAGGAGGACGAGCAAAGACAGCUCAGCCAGAUGCACGAACAAAGCCUAGAACUGGAGCGGUUUCUUCUCAUCAUAUCAAGCGCAUACGAAGGCCGGCCAGAAGCAGCUGAGGCUUUCUGGGCGGACCCUGAAAGCAACUUGGCUGGUUUUAUGCAAUGGGCCAGCCAUCGGGCGUCGACUCCACUGGUCAGCGCUUUCUGUGAGAUGCUUCGGUCUAUUUCUGGAAACGAGGCGUCUGCUGAGGCUGCCCACGAUUUCCUUCUCGACGAGAUUAAUAGCUCAUCAAACACCGGCCGGAUACGGAAGUCUCAGUCCCUCACCUGGGUUCAGGUUGUCAAGGAGCUCGAAUUCUUCACUGCUCGAAUCCGGGCACAUACCAGCCCAGCCCCAGCUCUGACAUACCGUGGUGGCAAGCCUAGCGAUGAUCAGGAAGAAGCAGAGCCGGAGUCAGCCAUCAUGUUGGAGUGCUACCUGCGGCUCAUUGCCCGGAUCUCGUCGAACAGCUAUACUGCUCGGAUGUGGCUACUGCAGAGCAAGGACUUUUCGCUGGUAGGCGUGCUCUUCCAGCUGGCAAGCUUGCCAGUACCAGGCCCCCUUCGAGCACGCAUUUUCACGGCGCUGAAGGCCCUGCUGUCCGAAAAGUCUCUCGAGAUCAGCUAUAUCAUGUGGAACUGUCUCGAUGACUACAUGUCCGGCGCCUAUGUUCAACACACUCAGCAGAUGAUGCCGGUGAACGCUCCGACUCCCAGCCAUUACAUGGAGGGAUUUCUUUCCGAACUCACCCAAGGCUUCGAGCAGCCUUACGCGUUUGUUCAGUUUCUCCUAGCGCUUGUUGUUCCUGCAAGAGACCAAUCGCCUCUGAAUGACGCUCUGCCUUUCCCAGAAAACUAUGGAGCCGCGAUGCGGAUGCCUGGGAUUGAUCCUUACGUUGACUUUGUGUUGAACACAGUGUUGGGGAAGCAUAUUAAGGAGUUGGAGAACAAACAACAGCAGCAAGCUCUGCGGCUUAGCUCUCUCGACUUUGCUCUAGCAUGUUUGGAGACAUUCAAUGAGGAUUUGCUUCUCAUCGCAAACGAGACCGCGUUGCCUGUCGACAGUGCCAUUGCAACAACCGACCUGGCAGCGUACGUCAAGCUGCACCCAUUUGCACGCGUCAUGGAGUGGAUGUACAGCCACAAUGUUGUCGAGUCGAUUUUCAAAGCCAUCCCCGAAGAUACGGCAGAGAUCGGAGGUGCAGACCCGGAUUCGCCGCUUAUUCUCGGCAUCAUUCGAGCGGUACAACUGGUCUCGAAGAUUCUAGACCUGCAGGAUACGUAUCUUGAUCUGGUACGACAGCUCAUCCGACUUAAAGUGGGGGACCGGAGAAAGCCGGUCAGCUCAGCGUACAGCUUCUUUGAGGAGGCCAUUUCAAAUCGCCUGGAUGUCGUUGUUAAUCUGGGAAGCUGCUGUGGUUUGGGGCACCCGACGUUGACGCUGGCUUGCUUGAAACUCCUCGAGAAGGUAUCUGUCUCGCCUAAGGUGAUUUCUGCGUGGAACCCCGGUCCAGGACAGCAUGCCCGCCGGAACAAGGCUAUCGUGGCGCUGGAGAAAGACGGCGAGGCGAGCGCGAUUUCUGGUGCCUUUAUCUCGGAGAUGAUUGCGCCUUUGGAUCCCGGCCUCGAAGCCGAGUCGCCAAAUUACAGUAUCAAGACCUUCAUGCUGGAUUUCCUCCACUCUUGUCUGCAGGCAUCUCCCAACAAGCCUACGAUAGCUCACCUGAUUCUUGGGUUUCGGUGUGGCAUUGACGCCUUAAGUGUUGAAUCUGGAGGUGCCUUUGACGACCGCACCUCGCUCUUCCAUAACCUUCUCCGCGUGCUUCUGGAGGCACCGUUUGGGGACGAUGAGCUCGGCAUGCGUCACUGGCUGAUUCUGCUGAAGCACAAGAUAAUGCGCAUAUUCCAAGUGCUAUGGCGCUCGCCGCUAUCGUCAGCCAUCGUCUUGUCCGACCUGCGGGAAAACGACUUUGCCUUCCAUCUUCUCAUCCGCGAGGUGACCUUGCAACAGGACCUGCCGUGGGAUGGACUGUCCACCAACAGCCCUGAGUUCAUCACAACGGACGCGUCAAUAGGGUUUAUCGAAUUCUGGGCGGUCCGUGCGAUGACGUUGGAGUACAUUGGCAUCGAACUGUGCAGCGUGUCGCAAAACCGGAUGCCGAGCCUGAAGCGGCGAAUCUUUGACGCCUUGAACGGCCAGGUUGUGAAUGACAGUGGCGAGCCGAUUUCCACCCCGACCGUCUUCGAGCUCUACGACUUCAUGUCCAGCAACAGCAGCAGUACGCGGUGGGAAACGGCGCCGCCGCCUCUGAAAUUCCUGCAGGACCUGGAUCUGCGGGCAUCCAUGGACGAGACUCCCUACGGCGAAACGCUCUACGACUUGGACAAGGCGCGGGAACUUGCUCUGCUAAAGGCGGCAGAAAUCAUGAAGGAAUCCCAGUUUGGCGAACGGGCAUUCGAAGAGCUGAGAGAGGAGAUGCAGCGUGAAGAGGUACUGAUGCUGGAAUAUCUGUCUAUCCUCAACCGACAGAAACAGCUGGCGAACAACCACCAAAUCGUGUUGCAGUCGUGGGCAAAACUGCUUCUGGUAAUGUUCGAAGCCAACGAGUUCAGUGGCACAGCCCAGGUGUCAUUUCUCCUCCAGGCCUUGCAAGCCAUCCUGCCGGGGCUGGAAGCCGCGAGCACCGAAAACCCGGUACAAGCAUUCGAGCUGGCGAAGCUGGCGGAGGCGCUGCUCUUCAAACUGGGCUCCCAGAAGAGCGGCAACAACGACUUCAACGCAAGCGAAAUCAGGGAGGGCCGGCAGAUGAGCAGCCUUGUGAGCGAUAAGCUGUUCCAGCUGUUCCAGAUCUGCCUGCAUGCGGUGUGUAAAUGGGUGGGCAGUCCCGAACUGCGGGCUGUGUAUUAUAACAUAUGCUACCGCCACGUGGCCGGGCUCAUUGACAGCGGCAACCAGGGCGACGGCGACAAUGCCGAGACAUACCAGCAGACCGGGAUGCAGCGAGCCAGCAAGGCGGUGGACAUGUGUGGCGAGCGGGUGCUCAAUGUCAUCUGCGACGACGCCUACAGCAGCGACUCGACCUGCCAGGCAGCCGCGCUGAUCUUGUUGGGCUCGCUUGUGCGACUGGGCGAGCACGAGAAAGACACGCACGUGGUGGAGCUGCUGAACCGUCUGAAUUUUAUCGGCGUGCUUGUCGACUCGCUGCGGACGACGUUGCAAGACGGCCUGGCGAUCAUCCAGUCGGGCAGCCUGGACCAGAAGAUGUCGCAGGACGCCAAGCUGGCGCUGCUACUACAGCUGUGCCAAACACGCGACGGUGCCAAGUUUGUGCUGCACGCGAACCUCUUCCGGGCGAUCGAACUGAGCGGGCUGUUUGCGGCGGAUCCGGAACUGCAGGUCGACCCGGCCAACACGGCGGCGCUGACUCAGCACUACGAGCUGCUCGUCAAGACGGCACGGGUGGUCGGUGCGGCCAUCGUCAGCCGGGGCUCACACAACGUGCAGCAAGGACGGCGCUUUCUGGCAGAGCACCGCAUGCUGGUGAUGCACGUGCUGAAGCGAUCAGCCGGCAUCGGAGCAGUGUCCUCGCGGCUGCUAGAUGAGAUGGUUGAGGAGCUGGCCGAGGCCUUCAUGGUGCUGAUUGUGGCGACAAAUUUUUUGGAGUUUGAGGACCAGGCGCCCGUCCAGCCACAGAAGACCCCAGCACGGGUCGCGUUCCAUUAG